UAACAGAUAAAGCUUGUUUACGGAAUGCCCCAGCUAAACCUAAGUCUGAGCCGGUACAAUCUGCUGAAGAACUUUAUCCGCCAAAGCCAUAUAAAGCUCUUGAACAUCAAGUACCAGUAAAAUCAAUUGAAAGAUUGAGGGAGAAGCUAGGUAGCUUUGGAAAUACUGUGGGAUUUACCUGGUCGUUGAACAAGGGAUCUGAAAAUCCUGUGAAUAUAAUCUGGACGGCAUUAAAGCAAUCUAAUGAGGCAGAACUCAUGAAAAAGAUGCAUUAGAUUAUUUGAAACAACAUUAUAAUUUAAAUAUUCAAUCAACAGGAGUAUGGUUUACAAAUUCAGGACUCCUUGGAGCUAGUCCUGAUGGGUUAAUUGAUGAAGAAGAUGCCAUUGUGGAAGUGAAAUGUCCAUAUUCCUUUAGAAAUGAUAAUUUAACAGACAAAUUAUGUAACCUAACAAAUUACAUUAUUUAUUAUGAUGAUGAAGGAAAUUUGUUACUAAAUAAAAGUCACAAUUAUUAUCAUCAAAUUCAAGGUUUUCUACAUAUUUUAAAAAAGAAAAAAUGUUACCUCUAUAUUUGGACAUUAAAUGGCGCAAUUGUUGCAAAUGUAGAUUAUGAUGAGUUAUAG